AGAGAGACAGUGAGGGUUAACUAUCAAAUAUGCAGUGAGGCAGAUGAACACAGGCCACAACGAGGAGUGGAAUGACCGGACCAGUGUGAAGAUUAAGUCCAUGUUUAGAAUCAGGGGUGAGCUUCUUCAGGCAGGUCGACCACCACACUUUACUGAAGACAACUUCUGAGGCUGGACAGGAGCCGCGCUUUCCCUCUCAGACUCUGGUAGAAGAGCCCGGUCGUCGGCCUUUGACUCAAACAGACAAGCAGCCAUGGGCUUCUUGGUUCGGGACUUUGUCACUGACUUCUUCACCUACGAGACCACCAAGUCUGUGGUGGUCAAGAGCUGGUCCGUGGGCAUCAUCAAUCGGAUCGUACAGUUGCUCAUCAUCACAUAUUUCGUUGGCUGGGUCUUCAUCCACGAGAAAGCUUAUCAGACGAUUGACACCGGCAUCGAGUCGUCUGUGAUGACCAAAGUAAAAGGCUUUGGUUACCAAAACAACAUUUCGAUGGAUGUGGCUGACUACGUCUACCCCCCACAGGGUGCAGGUGUUUUCUGCAUCAUGACCAAACUCAUCAUUACGGAAAAUCAGUUCCAAGGAAAAUGUCCGGAGUCAAUUAAAAGGUUUACUUGUACAGAAGAUAAGGACUGCCACAAGCAUUUUGGUUCCAUCCUUUCAAAUGGGGUGAUAACAGGUGUUUGCCUCCAACUCUACAAUGGCUCCGGGGGUCAAUGUGAGAUUAGAGGAUGGUGUCCGGCUGAGGACGAUACCGCCAAAAUCGAGCCAAUGCUUGAUGUGAAAAACUUCACCAUUUUCAUCAAAAACAGCAUUCGCUUCCCUCUCUUCAAUGUCACCAGAGGGAACUUUCCCUCCACAAUGACGGCCUCGGCGAUCAAGAGCUGUAACUUCCACCCGGAGACGAACCCCUUCUGCCCCAUCUUUCGGGUGAACGACAUACUGGGCUACACCGGACAGGCUGUGGAGAGCCUGGCAGACAAGGGUGGAGAAAUAGGAAUAAAUAUUGAAUGGAAGUGCAACCUGGACCUGAACAUUGAGUAUUGUGUGCCCAAGUACUCUUUCACACGCCUGGACGCACCAUUUGCCAAGAAUGCCAUCUCCAAAGGCUACAACUUCAGAUUUGCCAAAUAUUUCAAGACAGAGAACGGGACUGAAUUUCGGACACUUCACAAAGCAUUUGCAAUCCGCUUUGACGUUAUGGUCACUGGCAAUGCAGGAAAGUUUGACACAAUCCCAACACUGAUCAACCUGGUAGCUGCCUUCACCUCUAUUGGACUGGGUACAGUUCUCUGUGACAUUAUCUUGCUGAACUUCUUGAAAGGGGCAGAGCAGUACAAAGCCAAGAAAUUUGAAGAGGUGUCAGAGGCUCAGAUAGAGGCGUCCCUCACUCAGAGCCCGGGUAGCCAGCUGUCACUCAAACCAGGUAUCAGGAGCCCCUAUGACUCCGGAGCCAUUUCCCUCGCUACCUCCGACCAACCUAUGUGACUGACAACAACAGCAGCCAUCUGAAGAAAUGGACAUUCUUCCUUUUUCUCUCUUUCUCUUUACCCAACUGCCUCGCAAGAGAUUCAUUAAGCCAUGUCUGGAUGUCUGGAUCCUGCAGUCAGAUUUAGUUUGGCAGGUUUAUGGAAUCGAGUAUAGAAGGACAAUGUUACUGCGAGGCUUCACAGUUUCACAACUAGAAGUGGGAAUCAGGCGGGGGAAGAAAAAGCUGUGGCCUUUUAGCUCAUAACCAUAACUGGCAUCUAUUACUAAAACUACAAUGAUUAAACUGAGGGAAACAUAUAGUAAUAAAAAUGCUAUCUUAAUAUAAGUUUUACAAUUUUACAGCUUUUUAUCAACAUUUACCUGUAGCAUUAAAGUUAAUUAAGCAAAUACGUAUUAAAGCUGAAUAAACACGCCCCUCAUUUCUUGUUAGCUUUGCUGAGAUAAGCCAGAAUUUGAAAAAACUGUCGAUAUGAAAAAGACUGCAGAGAAUAAAACUAUUUGCAGAACA